AAUUACAAGAAGAAGAAGAAGCUGAAGCUGAAGCUGCUAGCACUAUUAGCUGUGAAUUUGAAUGAUUUAAGUGAUCACAACCCGCUGGUUAAAGCUCACGAUUCCGAAUGAAGAAGAAAUGUCACUACAGGUGAUGGUCCAAGAGCGGAUUGGUGUUGCUCAGGAGCUGCUACAGCGGGUGCAACAGCUGAGUCAGUGUCGGCCUCGUACCAUCGAGGGGAUGGGGAAGCUCUGUGGAAAGCUACGUGCUGAGCUGCGCUUCCUCCGCAAAGUGGAGGCUGGCGAGUUGACGGUGAAAGAGUCGCACUUGCACAGCACCAACCUGACCCACCUCACUGCUAUCGUGGAGUCGGCUGAGAGCCUGGAGGAUGUGGUUGCUCUUCUGCACGUCUUCGCUUACGAGGAUGCUGCCGGUGCAAAGCAGUCACUGGUGGUGGAUGUUGUUGCUAAUGGAGGUCACACUUGGGUGAAGGCAGUGGGCCGGAAGGCGGAGGCUUUGCACAACAUCUGGCAGGGGCAGGGACAGUACGGCGACAAGAGCAUCAUCCAGCAGGCAGAGGACUUUGUCCAGGCCAGUCACCAGCAGCCUGUCCAGUACUGCAACCCGCACAUCAUCUUUGCCUUCUACAACGGUGUCUCCAGCCCCAUGGCUGACAUCCUGCGCCACAUGGGCAUCUCCAUCCGUGGUGACAUUGUGGCAGUCAAUGCUGUGGCCAAAGAAGAGGCAGCUGACAUAAAUGAAGACAACAGUGAGGAGCGAGAUGAAAGUGAUGGUGGAGAUGAUGACUGUGAGGAUGACAACAAUGGUGGUGAUGAUGAUGAUGGUGAUGAUGAUGAUGAUGUGUCUGGGCUCAGCCACACCAGAGUGGACCGUGGCACGGUGGUUGCUAGUCUGGCAUUCCCUGUCCAGGUGAAGGUGGAUGCGUGUCAUCGGGCCAACCUGGACAUCACCACGCUCAUUACGUAUGUGUCAUCACUCAGUCAUGGCCGCUGCCACUUCACCUUCAAGGAGUUUGUGCUCACGGAGCAGGCGGCCCAGGAGCGACUUGAAAAGGUGCUUCCCUGCCUCGAUGACUUCAUGAAGGGGAAGGAGCUGUUUGCCUGCCGCUCUGCUGUUGAUGACUUUCAGGUCAUCUUGGACACGCUGGGUGGACCUGGCGAGAAGGCACGUGCGUGCCAGUUGCUGGCUCGUCUCCGUGUGGUGGAUGACCAACCAUCACAGCGCACACUCUGCCUCAAGCCCAGUGCCAAGGUAAACCGCCGCUCACUCAUGAUUUUCGGCACUGGAGACUCACUGCGUGCUGUGACCAUGACGGCCAAUAGCAAGUUUGUCAGGGCUGCAGCCAAUCAGGGAGUCCGCUACAGCGUGUUCAUCCACCAGCCGAGGGCUUUGACCGAAGGCAAAGAGUGGAGGGCCACACCCGUCUGAGGCGGUAGACGAGCUGCGCAUGCAGGAAACCACGACUUCAGAUGAUGUAAACUAUUCACACGAAAAUAAAGCAAGGACACGACAUCUGUGCCCGUGUCUUACUGGUCAGCGUGAUCACAUGGUACAACAGUAAAACAGACACUCAGUGAAAUCUGUACUACGACAAUAAUGACAUAUGUUCAAAUCAUUGAUGUCAAUAAAACAAAGUGUCAAAGACGUGACUGCAGUUUGUUCACAGAAGCAAUGAAAUGUUUUAUCGAUGUAGAAAAUAGACUUUGGAGGAUUCACAAGUACUUCAAAGGGCAAAACUUACCAAAACUCUGACGAUGGAAUGAAGUGAAAAGUUCACGGUGACUAACUGCUUCAGACAGGUCACACAGAUCGUGACUAACCUUUCCUCACUUCCACAUCAUAUUUGUCCACAUCACUGAUCUGUUAUUUGAGUCAUUUGAUUAAAAUUAUUUCUGUUUCGGUUUCUGACAAGAAAAAGUUAUCCUCAUGAGUCCAACC